AUGUCCCUCAAUCCAUCAGUCACUCGUAAGCCGUCCUCCACAGGCCAGCGCAGGCGCUCAGUGGGCACUGCUGCUGGCAGUGGGCGAUAUUCCCACAGUGACACAUCCAGUACACACACCUAUCCUGGUCGGGGUAGGGUAGUUGAUGGCAGCCCAGCGGCCCGAACUUACCCCAGUACACCAAGGCGACAGGCGAAGCAUGCGGCCUGCAGCGAUAACCAUGGCAUCAGGCCCCCUACCCCGGAGCAAUACCUCACACCCCUGCAACAGAAGGAGGUGUGCAUUCGCCACCUCCGCGCCAGGCUGAGGGAGAACGUGGAGAGACUGCAGCACAGGGACUGUGAGAUCGACGACCUGAGGAGCCAGCUUUACCGCAUGCAGGAGGACUGGAUAGAGGAGGAAUGCCAUCGUGUGGAGGCUCAGCUGGCCCUGAAAGAGGCCCGCAAGGAGAUCCAGCACCUGAAGGAGGUGGUGGAGUCAGUGAAGACCAACCUCAAUGUCAAAGAGCAAGACCCACAUGAUCAGAAGCCAUACCUGGGGCUGAAGGGAGCUCGGACAGGUGGGAAAUCCCGGUCCUGUGGCUGUUCGCCGGCCAACACCCUGAGCCGCAGCGCCACCUACACCCGCCUGAGUGGCGAGGCACUGGCUCUGCAGCUGGAGCGCAACCUGAAUGCUCCGGGGGUCAGUGGAGCCUCCCGGCCACCAGGGCAAACCCACCUGCUCCUGGAGGCCGCCCUCCUUUCGGAACAGCUGCCCCCGCCCGGUCACACAAGAGGUCCCCCAACCGUCCCGCGCUCCUCCACCUAUGAGAAGCUGUGCAGCGGCGGAGCAGUGCUGCCAAUCUCACACUCCUGCCACACUCUCAGUAGCAGCUGCCGGUGCAGCGGUCACACCUACCACCCCCACCACCACCUGUUUCUACACCUGCCCCAGGAGGAGGCCCCUCCAGCAGCUGCACCUCCCGCUCCUGCUCCUCCCCCUGCUCCUCCCCCUGUUCCUGCUCCUCCCACCAUUUCCGUCCCAAUCCCAAACCCUCCUGCAGCUGAGAGGAAACCGGAGGUCCACUCGCAGGCCUGCAGCCCCACCAUGACAUGGCUCUCAGAGGAAGGCGGAGGCGAGGAGCUGAGCGUCAUUUCUUUAGCGGCAGCCAACGUCACCACCGCCGAGCCGUGUCUGCUUCCACCCUGCUUGCCUUCUGUGUUUACCUACAGCUUAGAGCCGCCGCUGCCUGACCAGGUGGUGGAGACGUCAAAGGUGCCGACGGUGCCCCAAACCCACCAGCCUCAGCCUGCAGCACAGCCACCGGAGAGGCAGGAAGCCACCGUCGUGGAGAUAACAGAGGACGAGGAGAACGAGGAUGAGACUGAGGAUGUCAGCGGGGCCACCAACGAGGAGUCUUCCCCCCAGUUGUGUCACUGGAGCCGAUACUUUCUGGUAGAUCUGUUGGCAUUGGCCAUGCCUGUGGUCCCAACGAUGGCCUGGCUGUGUCGAGGGAGACCCCGGGACGUCUUGCCCGUGUACCAUAUCGGGUCUAUGCUAAGAGGCUGCUGCGCUGUGGCCCUCCAUUCUCUUCGCCGCCGGAGCGCAGGCAGAGGACGGGGGCCCAGCAGCAUGAAUGGGACAACACCCAUCUGA